CACGCGCCGUCCGAAAGUUCGCUCUUUAAAACGGUGAGACUAUUUACGGUUGACCUCGCGCUCGGUUAGCUUCGUAACCGCCCGCUCGGGCAAAAGGCGGGACGCGCGUGAUGGAUGCGGGACGCGCGUGAUGGAUGCGCGUCAUCGACAGCACAAGUGUAUGGGCUGCGAGCACACGCAUGCCGAGUAUAGAUCGGUCGUUUUCUCCUUAUGAAUUCAGCUAAAUAGACGUCUCACGUUAUCCACUCACUCCCGCUCUGGCGUGAUGCGAGUCUCCGCGGGAAUAGACAGCGCGAGCCCUCUGCAACGCUCUUGUCAUUGAGCGGCACCGUGCAUCUUCACAGCCCCAUGGCCAGCGAGUGAUCGGCUCUGUGCGGCUCUCUAACAGGGUCAAAAGGGGCGCCCUGACAACCCGCCAGCUGUGGACUAGCGAAGCGGCAGAGAUGGAGGAUGGCUGUGUGGAGGGGAAAGGGCCACUGGCGGCCAGAGAUGGGCCCAGCGGUCAUAGCCUGCAACACGACACCACCACCACCAACCUCCUUGCUUCUGUCAAGGAGCAGGAGCUCCAGUUCGAGCGUUUGACGAGGGAGUUGGAGGAGGAAAGACAGAUAGUCGCCAGCCAACUGGAGAGAUGCAUGCUGGGAGCUGAGUCACCUGACGCGGACAGCACCAGCUCGUCGGAGAAGUCGUUUGCUUGGAGAUCCGCAGAUGCCUCUGCUCUGGGGGAGCCAAGAGGAGGAAAUGGAGGAGGCGCGUUCGAGACCCCCGUGCCACCGGUCCGCCUCUACCAGGGCGAAGAGGUGCUCCGGCGGCUGGAACCGGAGCGUGUCUCCUUGCACGACAGCUCCCCGGGCCACUCUGCCCAGAUGACCUCGUACUCCGACAGCGGCUACCAGGACAGCAGCGUGGGUUACUAUAGCAACCAGAACGUGGUGCGCUCGGAGCCCCGCGGCACCCUAUCCCGGAGCCCGAGGGCCGAGGGCCAGGCGUCGGGACAGCCUUCAGGUCGGGUGCUGAGGAGAAUGGGCUCCCUGCCCUCCAGGAGCCAGUCGCCGGGGGCCGGCGCCACCGCCUCCCCCUCCCACGUCUCCAUGCGCACCUCCCAGGGCAGUGCGUACGGCUCCCCGGUCCUCUCCGAGCCCAAGCCCCUGGCCUCCCUCUUCCCCGGCACCAGCAUGCCCCCCUCAUCACCCCCCUCCCCCAUGGCCGCGUCCGGUGCCCCGGGGCUGGGCGGCGUGGUGGGGGGGCGCCUCGGCUCCACCCUCUCCUUGGUGGAGGGGCGGGGCCUGGCCGGCUCCCCCCCAGCGCGGGCGAGUGGGAUGGCGGCGGUGCCGCAGCACUACGGCGCCACGCUGCCGCGGCAGAGCCAGCCGCUGGCGUACGGGGCAGACCCCUACGGGCUGUACCAGAGGAGCGCCCUGCCCCGCCCCGACAGCCUCAUAGGUCUCCACAGCUCCUACGCUGCCCACCAGCUGGACCCCGAGCUGCGGGCCGCCCUCUCCCCCGACUGUCACAUGACCCCGGUGUUUGACGACCGCUCCUUCCACAGCCCGCUCUACCACAGCCCCUCCCACGACGACCCCGGGACGCUCUACAGGACCAGCACCGGUGUGGAGACGCUCACGCGUGCGGCUAGCCACUGCGGCACGCUGCCGUACCAGCGGAGCAGCUACGGCCUGGGCUCUGCCCCCCUGUACACUGACUCCUACAGGGUCUCCCAGCAGGGGUUGGACGCAGAAACCCUCUUCUCGAGACACUCUGGACUGGGGGACCGGACCCCGUCCAUCGACAGCAUGCACAAAGAUCCAAGGGAGUUUGCGUGGCGCGACCCCGAGCUCCCUGAGGUGAUCCACAUGCUGCAGCACCACUUCCCCUCGGUCCAGGCCAACGCCGCCGCCUACCUGCAGCACCUGUGCUACGGGGACAACCGGACCAAACUGGAGGUGCGUCACCUGGGCGGGAUCCAGCUGCUCCUGGACCUGCUGGACCACAAGGUGUGCGAGGUGCAGAAGAGCGCCUGCGGGGCCCUCAGGAACCUGGUGUACGGCAAGGCCACCGACGACAACAAGGUCACCCUGCGCAACUGCGGCGGCGUGCCCGCCCUGCUGCGGCUCCUCCGCAAAACCACCGACAAUGACGUCCGCGAGCUGGUCACUGGCGUGCUGUGGAACCUGUCGUCGUGCGACGCAGUCAAGAUGACCAUCGUGCGCGACGCACUGAGCAUGCUCACCAACACCGUGGUCAUCCCCCACUCCGGCUGGAGCAGCGGCGCCGUCCCGCAGCGUGACCACUCCUCCCACAAGCUCCACGCCUCCCUGCUGCUCCGCAACUCCACCGGCUGCCUCAGGAACCUGAGCUCUGCAGGGGAGGAGGCCCGGAGCCAGCUGAGGUGCUGCGAGGGACUGGUGGACUCCCUGCUCUACGUCCUCAAGUCCUGCGUCAACACUGCAGACUACGACAGCAAGAUCGUGGAGAACAGCGUGUGCACGCUGCGGAACCUCUCGUACCGGCUCGAGGUGGAGAUGCCCUCGUCCCGUCUCCUAGGCAACCCGGAGCUGGACGCCCUGCUGGGGUUCUCCUCCCCGGCCCGGGAGCUGGAUUACCUCUGCCUGGGCAAGAGGAGGCGCAGCAGCAGCGGCAGCAAGAGAAGGAGCGGCUGGACCGACGACAAGUGGGACGGUGUGGGCGUGUCCCAGACCCUGCGGGGGGCAGAGCUCCUGUGGCACCCCACGGUGGUCCGGCCCUACCUCAACCUGCUGGCCGAGAGCUCCAACCCCGCCACCCUGGAGGGCGCCGCCGGCUCCCUGCAGAACCUGUCCGCAGGGAACUGGAAGUUCUCCUCCUACAUCCGAGCGGGGGUGCGUAAGGAGAAGGGCCUGCCCAUCCUGGUAGAGCUGCUGAGGAUGGACGCUGACCGGGUGGUCUGCUCUGUGGCCACCGCCCUCAGGAACAUGGCCCUGGACAGCAGGAACAAGGAGCUCAUAGGGAAGUACGCGAUGCAGGACCUGGUGAGCCGGCUGCCCGGCUCCUCUUCUACCGGCGGGGCGGCGCCGCUGUCGGACGACACGGUGGCGUCGGUGUGCUGCACGCUGCACGAGGUCACCAGCCGCAACGUGGAGAACGCCCGCGCCCUGGCGCACAGCGGCGGCAUCCAGAAGCUGGUCAACAUCGGGAAGGGCCGCGGCAAGGGGUACUCCAUGAAGGUGGUGAAGGCGGCGUCCCAGGUGCUGAACACGCUGUGGCAGUACCGCGAGCUGAGGAGUCUCUACAAACAGGACGGCUGGAACUACACCCACUUCGUCACGCCCGUGUCCACGCUGGAGCGAGAGCGCUACCGCUCCCAGCCCGCCCUGCCCACCAGCCCCCUGCACAUGCCCCCCGUCGUCCAAUCAGGGGGGAGUGCCACGUCCUCUCCCGCCAUGCUGGGCAUCAGGAGACACAGCUCCAACAACCAGAGGAUGCAGUCGUCUAUGCAACUGGACUCCUACUACGGCGACAACAGUUUACACAAAUACCCGUACAACGGUUCUGAGAAGAACCAUCCGUAUUUCAUCGGGACGUAUUCCUCCCAGUCAGGGGAGGACCUGCGCAGGUCUCAGCACUCGGAGCCCUUCUACGACGAGCCCGACCGUAAGAACUACAACAGCUACCGGAUGUACCUGUCGUCCCCGGUGCAGGGCUACGGGGACGAGUCGUACGAGGACGAGCCGGCGGUGCUCACACCCCCGUCGCCCGACGGCUACCCGGGCCAGGCCCUGCGGCCCAAGGCCCACGCCACCAACUACGUGGACUUCUACUCCACCACGCGCAGGCCCUCCCAGGGCACCAACAAGUACACAGGCUCCCCUGACUCCUGGGUGUGAAGAGAGAGAGGGAAAACGGAGACCGGGGGGGACGCCCGGCGGCCAUCUUUUUCUUUCAGCACGGUGGGUUCCCCUUGUAUGUGUGCGGGCCGGGGAGGGGGGGUUUGGGGGGGGGGUGGGAAUGCAUGUUAAGUUAAGCCGUGCACAUCUGGGUGUACUUCUGUGUUCCAGACUCACGUCCCCAGACUUUUUUUUGGGGAUCCGAGUUUUGACGUCGUUCCUUUUGGUCAAACGUAGAAAAGAUCGGCGCAAAUUCUGGAAGUGGGUCGGCGGUUUCCUCCGAUGAAAGAGCCAGCCUUAACGUCGUCGAUGUUAACCAGGGGGGCGGAAUCACGUUCGGGUUACGUUCUCGCCCUCUGCGGUAUAAACACGCAGACCAUUGGUUGUUAUUGUUUACCAACGUUUGAUUCAUGAAUGGAAACCCCGGAGGCUCGGUUGGUAAAAACAUCUACACCGGGACGGGAUACAUUUGUUCAGUAUUUGUGAUUCUUUGACACUGUGUUAAGAAGCGAAGGAGGAGCUAACGACCUGGUGACCGGGGAGUCAUCCAGGAGGAAUUGAGUGUACUACCUCUGAACACUACUUCAACUAGCACGCAAUUAACCACGAAAGGUUUCCUUUACUUCCGAUAUAUUUAACACUUACUCCAAAUCAUACCAAUUUCGGAUUUGGGGAGCAACACAUCGCAUCGCUUGGAAAAUAUUCUGAGUCACUUUGAAAAAUAAUUCUUGUCUGUUUAGUGAAAUAGGAACAUGUCUAUUGAUAAAAUAUUGAUAUGAUUAUGAUGAAACCCAUCCCUAAAAGUGGAAACUAUUCAAAGUAAUACUCAAAGCAGAAAAAAGUUGUAUGGAUUAAAAAAGUGUUUGACAUUUUAACUAAGGAAAAGAGCGACCUACAAAACUCUGAAAACCGUGAAUACUUCGGUUAAACUUUGUUCUUUGGCCAAAUGUACGGUAUAUCCUAAAGUAUGUGAAAUAUGUGAACACGUGGGAAAAAAUACUAUUUGUACAGAAGAUACAGCGGUUUAACUUUCUUGUUACGUUGUUGUAUUACAUAUGUAUCAGACUUUAUAUGUGAUUGUGUGAAGGAACUUUUUCUAUUGUUUCUCCUGUUUUUUGUAUUAAUUUAAUCGUGACCUGACCAAAACUCCCUGUCUGUCUGUCGUGUCGAACCGAUCAUGAUGAUGUGCAAUGUGAGAGGGACACUAUAUAUAUAGGGAUUAAAGACUAUAUCACAAA